AUGGCCACCUCCGGGCAGGAAGCUCCACGUUUGUCUUAUGGCUUGGACAGAGCCCUUUUCAACCCUGGAGUCUACCACAUGCAGGAUCCUAGGUCUCGGGUAUGGAAUUUCGACCCCUAUCUUGCGCGUAUCAUGCCGAUUCAGGAGUUCGAUUUCAACGCACUCAAGCAAUAUAUCACAUCUUCGAAGGAUACCACCCUUAUCGACAUCGCACGAGAAGCGAAGAAGAAGUACACGGGUUCUACGUCGAGUAUGACCUCGACACUGGCGCAUUUCCAUUAUCUUUUGUCCUCCUGGCGACCCAUCACCACCGGCAUGAUGUCUCAGUCAUUUAGGGCCGAUUCGACAAACUUUACCAGGAUUAUGCGCGCCCCUUCUGCUGCCUUCCUUCACUGGAAGGAUGGUGUAUAUGCGAUCGAUGCGGACAAGGAAUUCGACACAGCAAACGUCCUGAGCAUGCUUGGAAAGUCAAUGGAAAAGCUUCUCACGUUACCCAAGGAAGAUUUCGAGAAGUAUCGCAAAACCAAGUCUCACCAGCUCACCGAGGAGGAACGUGACAGCCCCGAGUCAUACCAUUACACCAAGUUAGGAGACUUCAUGAUGCGGUCACAGCUCGAUGCUUACGAUCCCAGAAUUCCGGGCACCGGCAUGUUCGAUCUCAAGACAAGAGCCGUUAUUUCUAUCCGCAUGGACGCCAAGGGGUUUCAAAAGGGCUUGGGAUACGAGCUCCGCCACCGGAACGGUAACUGGGAAUCGUUUGAGCGCGAAUACUUCGACAUGAUCCGUUCUGCUUUCCUCAAGUACUCCCUCCAGGUCCGCAUGGGCCGUAUGGACGGUAUCUUCGUUGCCUUCCACAACACCCAGCGGAUUUUCGGCUUUCAAUACAUUCCGCUUACCGAAAUGGACUAUGCCUUGCACGGCACCCGUGACACCAGCCUCGGUGGCAAGGAGUUCAAGCUCAGUCUCCAUCUACUCAACAAGAUUCUAAACAGGGCUACCGCAAAGUGGCCAGAGCAGUCGUUGCGCCUUCACAUUGAGACAAGGCCAACUGACCCACCGCUCAUGUACAUCUUUGCCAAGCCGGUCACGCCAGAUGAGAUUGAGAAGAUCCAGGGGGCCAACAAGAAGAUCAUUGAGAAGUUUGAGCGCGAUAUGAUGGGCCUGGAGCCGAAGGAAGAGAAGGGAGAGGGUGUUGCCAUUGAAAAGACAAAUGAGGAGGCCGUGGAGGAAGCGACCGAGGAAUCUGUCGGUGAACCUGAAGCGCGUGAGGAGGUCACCACAGCGGACGUUUGGGAGGACAUGGUAGUCAAGGUCGAGGAGGCCCUCGAAAACGAGGAGCACGGCGUCACCUCAGUCCGCGAAGCUAUUGAGCAGGCCCUUCGCUCGAGUGGCUUGCUCGAAGCCAGCGCCCCUGAGGAGGCGCGCCGUUAUCUAGAUGAGCUGCUUGAGGCUCUCAUGAGCGCUGAGUCGGGCAAGGCUGACGAGUCCGCGGCUGAUAACGCAGUCGAGGAGUCUGCGUCUGCCGUCUCUACUGAGGAGGCUACAGAAGUCAAAAUCGAGAAUGGUCAGGCGGCUGAGGCUGAGGAGGAACCCACGUUGAAGGAUUUGGUCCUUCGCCUCGCCAGCCAAGUCAAAGCAGACCGCAGUGAAGUCGUCAAGGGCAAAGCCGAAGACGAUGUGUCUGCGGCGGCUGCGGAUGACUCCAAGCUCCGUAAAUUCGAGACCAUUUUGUCAGAGCUCAUCUCCAAGUCGCGGGACACCACUGAAACCGGCGAGAUUACAGAAGGUGGUGAGCAGACCACCGCCUCCACAGACGCCUCCGCCACAUCCAAGACGCAAAACCCCGAAGACGAAAUCGCCUCCCUCGAUGAGACCGUGCACACCAAGACCAAUGACAACUCCAUUCUCCCCGAGACCAAGCCCGAACUCCUCGGCAUGAUCCUGACGAUUCGCAACAAGGUCAACGGCGAGUACGUCGAGCGCCCCGAGCACCUGCGCCGCACCGACAAGUGGGAGGUCGAGUACUCGCUCGAGGACAUGCCGGCCCUGCGGGCCGAGAAUAUCUACAAGAUGGUUAUCCAGCGGCGGUGCAAGACGCUCGACGACCAGGAGGACCGCGACAAGGCCUGGUAUGAGAUGUUCCAGGGCGCGCUGCACAAGUAUACGCGCAAGGGCCGCAUGCAUCGCAAGAAGGAGAUUGAGCUUGGGAAGGCCAGGCCAGUGCACGUGUAUGGUAUGGACAAGCCGCUUGAUUGGGAAUCGGUCUUUGGCGAGGGUAAGGAGGAAGGUAUGUCGUACCGGUGGUAUGGGCAGGAAGCGGAGAAUGUUGAGACUGGCACCAUCGAGCUGAGCCCGGAGGAGGUGGAGGAAGAUGAUGGGAGUUUGCCGGUGGAGGAGGUAGAGGGGGCUGAAGAGGGCGAUGCGGAGGUGGAUGUUGCAGCUUUUUCGGAAGAAAAGUUUGAUGACCAACCUGAGGCUGUGGAACAACAACAACAACAACAACAACAGUUUGAGGAGAAGUCCGAGGAAAAGUCCCAGGAGAAGUCUGAUUGA